AUGACGGAUGCAGCUCGCCGGGAACAAGAAUCUUUGAAGAAGAAAAUUCAGCCCAAACUCUCCUUGACCUUGUCCAGCUCAGUGUCUCGAGGGAAUGUGUCCACUCCGCCUCGCCAUAGCAGUGGAAGCCUUACUCCCCCUGUCACCCCUCCCAUCACCCCCUCCUCUUCCUUUCGCAGCAGCACACCAACAGGCAGUGAAUACGACGAGGAGGAAAUAGACUACGAGGAGUCGGACAGCGACGAGUCCUGGACCACGGAGAGCGCCAUCAGCUCGGAGGCCAUCCUCAGCUCCAUGUGCAUGAACGGAGGCGACGAGAAGCCCUUCGCCUGCCCCGUCCCCGGAUGCAAAAAACGAUACAAGAACGUCAACGGCAUCAAGUACCACGCCAAGAACGGCCACAGAACGCAGAUCCGCGUGCGCAAACCCUUCAAAUGCCGUUGCGGGAAGAGUUACAAGACCGCUCAGGGCCUGCGGCACCACACAAUCAACUUCCACCCCCCCGUGUCUGCGGAGAUCAUCAGGAAGAUGCAGCAAUAACCCGCUGGUCCUAACUGUGCCAAGAAAUCCUCACCAGCAGUUGCUGAUUUUGAAAACAGCCACCUUUUGUCAAGGGGAGCUUCAGCCACCCUUUAAAAGAAGAGUUAAAUGCAUGCUUUACAUUUUUUUCUGUAAUUUUGGAAUGUUAUCUUUGUAGAGUUCAUGAUUUUGUACAUUUGCACAUGUAAUCCACCAUACCCACCAUUUUCAUUACUUUGAUAUAAGGUGCUAAAACAGAAAAAAGCUCUAGGCUCUUCAGAAUAUCUUCCCCAAAACAAAAUAAAACCGAGGGCAUGUGGCAUCCAGGUUCCAUCGUACCGCGGUGUUGCCAACUGGGGGGAGGGGGGGCCCUGGCACAAGAUGAUUCCAAGAUCGUGAGUGAAGUUUCCCAACACAUUAACUCACACGUGUGCAAAACCAAAACAUCACCCCUGUCGUCAAGCUGGUUAACAUGCCUUACGGAGGGGA